CGGUGUCGUCUUCUCACUUCCUUCCCACCCAAAGCUUUCCUCCUCCCCGACUCAAAAACCUCUCUCGUCUCCAACGCCCCUUCGCCUCUCGCACCGAUCACCUCCCCCGCGCGGAGCCAACCAGCUCGCCGCCUUCCCCUUCCGGCGGUGGUUUCUUCUAAGUUUCGCGACUCAGCUGUCGCUCAUCGGGCACCGGAGGCCGUCGCGGUGGGCCUCGAGCACCGGCAAGUUGGCGGGGUCCCUUUUUCAUUCGCGCGAGGUUCUUAAGCACUGCAUGCGCGACCAAAAGCUCUUCGCUGGAAUUUUGGGAAUUCCAGGCAUGGGCUAGCUCCAGCGCGUUUUCCAGGUGGUUGGUUGAUCUGCCCGGCUUAAUUCCUCUCAUUUGCUAAGUUGUUGUGCCGAGUGUAGCAAGAUUUGGAGUGACCAGAGGUGAUCGUCAUGACGUCCUUGUCAAGAACGCUAUCUCGGGGAGGGCCGAUGCAGCAGCCAGGUCCUCGCCGCAUCCUGAGGACGCAGACUGCUGUGAACCUUGGCGAGCCCAUCUUUGACAGUGAGGUGGUGCCAUCAUCGCUUGUUGAUAUUGCGCCCAUCCUCCGUGUCGCCAAUGAGGUUGAGACGGCCAAUCCCCGGGUCGCAUACCUUUGCCGUUUCUAUGCAUUCGAAAAGGCUCACAGAUUAGAUCCGACUUCAAGCGGUCGCGGUGUCCGACAAUUCAAGACAGCUCUUUUACAACGGCUUGAAAGGGAGAAUGAGCCCACUUUGGCAGGAAGGGCACUGAAGAGUGAUGCAAGAGAAAUACAGACCUUCUAUCAUCACUACUACAAGAAAUAUAUUCAAGCUCUUCAGAAUGCUUCUGACCAAUUUGAUCGUGCCCAACUUACCAAAGCCUACCAGACUGCUGCCGUUCUAUUCGAAGUUUUAAAAGCAGUUACUCAACAACAUGCUGUUGAAGUAGACCACGAGAUCUUGGAAGCUGCUGAUAAGGUUAAAGAGAAGACAAAGAUCUAUCUCCCUUUCAACAUUCUCCCUCUUGAUCCAGACAGUGGCAAUCAGGCUGUCAUGAAAUUUCCUGAGAUCCAAGCUGCUGCUUCUGCUCUUCGGAAUACUAGAGGUCUUCCAUGGUCGAAAAAUUAUGAGCAUAAAGUUAACGAGGACCUCUUGGAUUGGCUUCAAGCUAUGUUUGGCUUUCAGACAGAUAAUGUUUCGAAUCAGAGGGAGCAUUUGAUUUUACUUCUUGCUAACAUACAUAUACGAAGAAAUCCGAAGACUGAUCAACAAUCUAAGUUGGAUGACAAUGCGCUGAAUGAUGUGAUGAAAAAAUUGUUUAAGAACUACAAGAAGUGGUGCAAAUAUCUUGGUCGCAAGAGCAGCCUUUGGUUGCCAACAAUUCAGCAGGAGAUGCAACAACGAAAGUUACUGUAUAUAGGCCUGUACCUUCUCAUUUGGGGCGAAGCUGCAAACCUGCGAUUUAUGCCGGAAUGCAUUUGCUACAUAUAUCAUCAUAUGGCAUUUGAAAUGUAUGGUAUGCUAGCCGGAAAUGUGAGUGCCUUGACGGGUGAAUAUGUGAAGCCAGCCUAUGGCGGUGAGAAAGAAGCCUUUCUGAGAAAAGUUGUUACUCCCAUUUACAAUACCAUAGCAAAGGAAGCUGAAAGGAGCAAAAGAGAAAAAGGGAAUCAUUCUGAGUGGAGAAACUACGACGAUCUUAAUGAAUACUUCUGGUCUGCUGACUGCUUUCGGCUGGGUUGGCCUAUGCGAACCGAUGCUGACUUCUUUUAUCAACCUUUAAAUUUAACUGGUGAAAGAAAUGAAGUAAGCUGGCUUAUAUGUUUCUAUUUUAGCAUAUAUCUUUAUGUUAUGCCUAUAUAUUUGGUUGGGCUAGCAACAGCUAACUUAAAAGGCUAUUUACAGAGCACAAGAACUGGCAAACAGAAAGGAAAGGUCAACUUUGUCGAGCUACGUUCAUUUUGGCACAUAUUCAGGAGUUUUGAUAGACUAUGGAGCUUCUUUAUUCUAGCUCUUCAGGUUAUGAUAAUUCUUGCUUGGAAUGGAGGCUCAUUAUCCAAUAUUUUCGAUCCUGUGGUAUUCAAGAAGAUUUUGAGUAUCUUUAUCACUUCUUCUAUACUAAAUCUCGGACAAGCUACACUUGAUAUAAUAUUUAAUUGGAAGGCCAGGAGAACAAUGGAAUUUCCAGUUAAGCUGAGAUAUGUUCUGAAGUUCACAUUCGCAGCCCUGUGGGUGGUAUUACUGCCAGUGACAUAUGCAUACACCUGGGAGAAUCCAACUGGAAUUAUUAGAGCUAUCAAAAACUGGUUUGGGAAUGGUCGAAAUCACCCGUCACUCUUUAUCCUUUCAGUAGUCCUAUAUUUGUCACCCAGUAUGCUUGCUUCUAUUCUUUUUCUUCUGCCAUUUCUACGCCGGAAACUUGAAAGUUCAGACUACAAGCUCGUGAGGUUGAUCAUGUGGUGGUCUCAGCCUCGUCUCUUUGUUGGCAGGGGAAUGCAUGAAAGUGCUUUCUCACUUUUCAUGUACACCAUGUUCUGGAUUGCUCUUUUUUUGACAAAGUUUGCAUUUAGCUACUAUGUAGAGAUCAAGCCUCUUGUUGACCCCACCAAGGAUAUCAUGAACUCCCCUAUACAUACUUUCCGGUGGCAUGAGUUUUUCCCAAGAGAAAAGAGCAACAUUGGUGUUGUUAUUGCACUUUGGGCCCCAAUCAUUCUGGUCUAUUUCAUGGACACACAAAUUUGGUACACAAUCUUCUCCACUCUGCUUGGUGGAAUUUAUGGUGCCUUCCAACGACUUGGAGAGAUUCGUACACUGGGGAUGUUGCGAUCUCGCUUUGAUUCAAUACCGUUAGCCUUUCAUGCAUGUCUAAUUCCUGUUGAAACAUCUGAUGCCAAACGGAAGAAAGGUCUAAAGUCUUAUUUACACAGUCGUUUCAAGCAGAUGGAACAUGCGGACAAGGAGAAGAUAGCAGCAAGGUUUGCACAGAUGUGGAAUGAAAUUGUCACUAGCUUUCGAGAGGAAGACCUUAUAGACAACAGGGAGAAGGAGCUGCUACUUGUUCCAUAUGUGGCUGAUCAGGCCCUUGGUGUCAUGCAGUGGCCUCCUUUUUUACUUGCCAGCAAGAUCCCCAUAGCAGUUGACAUGGCUAAAGAUAGCAACGGCAAAGACCGUGAUCUGAAAAAGAGGCUUGAUAAUGAUUAUUAUUUUUCUUGCGCAAUAGAGGAAUGCUAUGCAUCAUUUAAGAACAUCAUCAAUGAUCUUGUACAGGGCGAACCAGAGAAAAGGGUCAUAAAUAAGAUAUUUGUGGAAGUUGAAAAGUACAUCGCCGUGGACAAAGUUAUUGCAGAUUUGAACAUGCGUGCCCUGCCAGAUCUCUACAACAAGGUUGUUGAGUUGGUAAAAUACUUGAAGGAGAACGAUGAGAAAGACAGGAGUGCUGUAAUAAAGAUUUUUCAAGAUAUGCUGGAGGUUGUAACCAGAGAUAUAUUUGAGGACCAACAUAGUAUUUUGGAGUCAACUCAUGGUGGUUCAUAUCGAAGGCCUGAAGACACAACAACAUGGGAUCAAGAGUAUCAGUUAUUUCAACCCUCUGGAGCUAUCAGAUUCCCCUUGCAAGUCACAGAUGCUUGGCUAGAAAAGAUAAAAAGGCUGGAACUACUGCUUACUGUGAAAGAAUCUGCUAUGGAUGUUCCUUCAAAUCUAGAAGCCAGAAGGCGUCUUACCUUUUUUACCAACUCCUUAUUUAUGGAUAUGCCUGACGCACCCAAAGUCCGAAACAUGCUUUCAUUUUCUGCCUUGACCCCUUAUUUAAAUGAACCUGUUCUUUUCUCUAUAAAAGAGCUUGAGGAGGAAAAUGAAGAUGGAGUUUCCAUGCUAUUCUACCUACAAAAAAUUUAUCCAGAUGAAUGGAAGAACUUCCAGGAAAGGGUUGGUUGGGAGGAAGAACUUAAAGAGAGUGAAGACCUAACGGAGGAGCUUCGUCUAUGGGCUUCAUACAGAGGCCAAACACUUAGUCGAACAGUGAGAGGCAUGAUGUACUACCGGAAAGCUUUGGUUCUUGAAGCAUUUCUAGACAUGGCCAAACAUGAAGAUCUCAUGGAAGGGUACAAAGCAGCUGAAGAAUGGAAGAUACAACAGAGGUCCUUGCUUGCCCAAUGUGAAGCAGUGGCUGAUAUGAAGUUCACCUAUGUUGUUUCAUGCCAGCAAUAUGGAAAUGACAAGCGUGCUGCUCUCUCUAAUGCCCAAGAUAUAUUGCAGCUAAUGAGGACCCACUCUUCUCUCCGUGUAGCAUAUAUUGAUGAGGUGGAAGAUAGAGUAGGAGAGAAGAAAAUGGAGACAGCUUAUUAUUCUACUUUGGUAAAGGUUGCUCUAACUAAGGAUUCUGAAUCAGCAGAUCCAGUACAAAAUCUUGAUCAGGUUAUCUAUCGGAUAAAACUUCCAGGCCCUGCAAUGUUGGGAGAGGGAAAGCCUGAAAAUCAAAAUCAUGCAAUAAUUUUCACCCGUGGUGAAGGCCUGCAGACCAUAGAUAUGAACCAGGAUAACUAUAUGGAAGAAGCUCUUAAAAUGAGAAAUUUGCUUCAAGAGUUCCUUACAGAACAUGGAGUCCGGCGUCCAUCUAUACUUGGAGUUAGAGAGCACAUUUUUACUGGCAGUGUAUCUUCCCUUGCAUGGUUUAUGUCAAAUCAGGAGCACAGUUUUGUGACUAUUGGGCAGCGUCUGCUUGCAAACCCUCUAAAGGUCCGAUUCCACUAUGGGCAUCCUGAUGUAUUUGAUAGGCUUUUCCAUCUAACAAGGGGUGGUGUCAGUAAGGCAUCAAAGAGUAUCAACUUAAGUGAAGAUAUUUUUGCAGGCUAUAACUCAACUCUUCGUGGAGGCAAUAUAACCCACCAUGAAUAUGUGCAAGUUGGUAAGGGAAGAGACGUCGGACUAAAUCAGAUCUCUAAGUUUGAGGCUAAAGUGGCAAAUGGAAAUGGUGAGCAGACUCUUAGCCGUGAUAUAUACCGGCUUGGGCAUCGCUUUGAUUUUUUCAGGAUGCUUUCGUGCUACUUCACUACCGUGGGGUUUUAUUUCAGUACACUGCUGACAGUUGUUACAGUUUAUGUAUUUCUGUAUGGGCGCCUUUAUCUUGCUCUCAGUGGACUUGAAGAGCAGCUAUCAACACGGCGAGGAUUCAUUCAUAAUCAUCCCCUUCAGGUUGCUCUUGCGUCACAAUCUCUUGUUCAGCUUGGUUUUCUGAUGGCCCUGCCCAUGAUGAUGGAAAUUGGUCUUGAAAGAGGAUUUGGUCAGGCACUAAGUGAAUUUAUCAUGAUGAACUUGCAAUUGGCUGCUGUGUUUUUUACAUUUUCUCUUGGCACUAAGACUCACUACUAUGGACGAAUGUUGCUCCAUGGAGGUGCUCAGUACAGAGGUACUGGUAGGGCUUUUGUCGUCUUUCAUGCUAAGUUCGCGGACAAUUACAGGCUUUAUUCUCGCAGCCACUUUGUUAAAGGGAUCGAGCUGAUGAUUUUGCUUAUCAUAUACCAACUAUUUGGUCAAUCUUAUCGCUCAACCAUCGCCUAUAUUUUUGUUACAUUCUGCAUGUGGUUCCUGGUGUUGACAUGGCUAUUUGCACCAUUUCUAUUCAACCCCUCGGGAUUUGAGUGGGCGAAAAUUGUUGAUGAUUGGUCUGAUUGGAAUAAAUGGAUCAGCAAUCGUGGUGGGAUUGGUGUGUCACCAGACAAGAGCUGGGAAUCUUGGUGGGAAGUGGAGCAGGAACAUCUGAAGUAUUCAGGAACAAUAGGACUCUUUGUUGAGAUAAUUUUGGCCUUGCGGUUUUUCCUAUACCAGUAUGGCCUUGUUUACCACUUACAUAUCACAGGCAACAAAAGUAUAUUGGUAUAUUUGAUUUCAUGGCUUGUAAUUUUGGUGGUUUUGCUUGUUAUGAAGACAGUGUCUGUCGGAAGGCGGAGAUUCAGUGCGGAUUUCCAGCUAUUCUUCCGUCUGAUUAAGUUUUUUAUAUUUGUUUCUUUCACUGCUAUUUUGAUUGUCUUGAUAGUACUUCUUCAUAUGACCUUGCGAGAUAUAUUUGUGUGCUUUCUGGCAUUCUUGCCCACCGGAUGGGGAAUACUACUGAUUGCACAAGCUUGCAGGCCUCUUGCUCGACGGGUAGGGUUAUGGGGAUCUGUUCGUGCCCUUGCACGGGCAUAUGAGAUAAUUAUGGGGGUGCUUCUCUUUACACCAAUUACUAUUUUGGCAUGGUUUCCCUUUGUUUCUGAGUUCCAGACGCGGAUGCUGUUUAAUCAAGCGUUCAGUAGAGGACUGCAAAUUUCCCGGAUUCUUGGUGGUCAGAAGAAGGAACGGGCCUCUCGUAACAAAGACUGAUUUAUCUUCAAGAUUUAGUAUUUCAGCAUGCAUAGGUUGUGAAUAUUUGUGACAGGGUAUAGUGUAUUCUUGUGAUUACAAUAUCAGAUCAAGGUGUCAAAUAUUGUUUUCUUAUCUGUUAAUUGUAGUAUAAGAAAAUGUAACUGGAUAGUAUAUAUCUGAAAAUAGGCAUGCCAAAUUUUCUUGUGGAAAACCUGCAAUUGUUUGUAUGGACCUUUAGCAUU